AUGGCCAAACCAAAGAAGAACAAACCAAAAUCUCAUUCACCUAAGCCAAGGCAAACAAGGAAAGCAACACCUUCCUCUAGUGCUCAAAAGCCUAUUCCUCCACCUAAGCCUCAAUCAAAUCCAUCUAGUGGAGAUGAGAAGAGGAAGAAAGGGAAACCAGGAAGAGUUUAUGUGGCAACCACUGCGGAAGAGGAGAUCGAAUCAGAUGAAGUAGUGAGAGAGGUCAAGAAGAGUGCUACUGCUGCCAGGGUUGUCAAGAUGCAACCUUCUGGAGAAAGUCAAACUAGCAAGAAGCCCAAAAAUGAUAUUGAUGGCAGUCAUAUUGCAGAUUCAAGUGUUAUAGCUCAGGAUCCUCUGGUAAUAGCUGUUGAAUCAGAAAAGAAUGUUGAGAAGGUUGGUAAUGAGAAGGGAGAGGAUACAGAGAUGGAAGAGAAGGAGAAGGAUGAAGGAAAAGUUGAAUAG